CCAUCAUCAGACGCCAGCGACCAGGAAGCUUUGUAAGUUAUGGUGCAGUGCUGAUGGCCAACUCAGAGCUGUUUGUGACGAGGGCGCCCCCUGUGGAGGGGUGGGGCUUGGAGCUGGAUGUCCUGAGCUUCUUGGAGUCCCUCGGGGAAGAGAACAGCACAGCUGAAAGAUGCUACCGCGCCCACUCCCGCAGCAGCGUCCUGCAGGGCCUGCCCUUCGGAGGGGUGCCCACCGUCCUCGCCAUCAAUGUGGUCCUCUGGAUGUUCCUGUUGCUGGUCUUCUCCUGUCUGAGGAAGGCUGCAUGGGACUACGGCCGCCUGGCGCUGCUGAUGGAGAAUGACAGUCUUACAUCCCUGUUUUAUGGAGAACCAAGUGAGAAAGAGAAGUCUCCAUCAGAGUCCAGCCCGUCUGACUCUGAAACCAAGGACAUGGGCUUCUGCUCUUGGCUCACAUCGCUUUACCAUAUGAAGGAUGAGGAGAUCCGCAGUAAAUGUGGCAUCGAUGCUGUCACAUACCUGUCCUUCCAGCGCCACAUCAUCCUGCUCAUGACUGUGGUCUGCUUGCUGUCUUUGACCAUAAUCCUGCCUGUCAACUUUUCCGGGAAUCUCCUAGGAGACAGCCCUGAAAAUUUUGGAAGAACAACACUGGCUAAUGUUAGUGCAAAGGACAGCUUUCUGUGGCUGCACAGUGUCCUCGCUCUGGUCUACUUCAUCAUCACGCUGCUGUGUAUGGCUCACCACUCAUCACGGCUGGAGUACCGAGAAGAUGAGAAGGUUGCCAGGACACUGAUGAUUACCUCCAUACCCAGAGAGAUCUCAGACCCAGGUCUCAUCACCAAACACUUCCAUGAGGCCUACCCCAGCUGCACAGUCACUGAUAUCCGUUUCUGCUUCGACGUCUGUAAGCUGAUGAGGCUGGACUUAGAGAGGCGCAAGGCAAUGAAGGGCAGGCUGUAUUUCACCACAAAGGCCCAAAAGGAGGGGAAGAUCAUGAUCAAGACACAUCCAUGCGCUCAGAUAUUCUGUUGCGACAUCUGUGGCUUUGAACAGGUGGACGCAGAGCAGUACUACAGUGAGUUGGAAGAGAAGCUCACAGAUGAGUUUAAUGCCGAGAAGAAUCGCAUCUCCCUGAAGAGGCUGGGCAUUGCCUUUGUGACUUUCCGUGAUGACAGGAUGACGGCUGUCAUUGUGAAGGACUACAGUCGAGUGCGUUGCCGUCGGAGACCUCAGCAGUCCAGCAUCACCACUGUGGUGCAGUCUCACAGCUGGAGGGUCAGCUACGCCCCUGCUCCAAGUGACAUCAUCUGGGAAAACCUGUCAGUGUGCGGCUCUCGCUGGUGGCUCCGCUGCGUCCUCCUCAACAUCCUCCUCUUCCUCCUGCUUUUCUUCCUCACCACUCCUGCCAUCAUCGUCAACACCAUAGACAAGUUCAAUGUCACUCGGCCUGUGGAGAGCCUUCAGAAUCCAGUCAUUACCCAGUUCUUCCCUACCCUCCUGCUUUGGGCGUUCUCUGUGCUCCUGCCCUUCAUCGUCUACUACUCAGCCUUCUUCGAGUCCCACUGGACCAGAUCCGGUGAGAACCAGGUAACGAUGCACAAGUGCUUUUUACUGCUGGUCUUCAUGGUCAUCAUCCUGCCCUCACUUGGUUUAUCCAGCCUGGACCUGUUCUUCAGAUGGCUCUUUGAUGUCAAUUUCCUGGAUCAGAGGGAUGUGAAAUUCCAGUGUGUGUUUCUUCCUGACAACGGUGCAUUCUUUGUAAACUAUGUGAUUACGUCCAGUCUGAUUGGCACGGCCAUGGAGUUGCUUCGCAUCCCGGCACUGAUGGUGUACGCCCUCCGCCUCUGCUUCGCUAAGUCCAAGGCUGAGCGCAUCCAUGUCAAACGGAGCCAGGCCUACGAGUUCCAGUUCGGUCUAGAAUAUGCCUGGACCAUGUGUAUCUUUGCUGUCAGUAUGACCUACAGCAUCACAUGUCCCAUUAUCAUGCCCUUUGGUCUGCUCUAUGUGAUCCUGAAGCACAUGGUGGACCGGUACAACAUCUACUAUGCAUACGUUCCCACCAAGCUCAACCAGUGGAUCCACAGAGCGGCCAUCAGUCAGGUCAUCGUGGCUCCCAUCCUCUGCAUGUUCUGGCUGCUCUUCUUCUCUGUGCUCCGAUUAGGCCCAGUGCACCCGAUCACCCUAUUCACCUUUGUGUCCCUGCUCCUCUGUAUUGCCUUUUCCAUUAUCCGCCUGUGCCUUAGGAGGCAGCCAGACAAGCCGACCAGCUACCAGAUGUCUGACCAGCCGGCUGAGGCAACAUUCACUGAUGCAGAGAGGAGCACUGUAACAUCCACCACGGCCUCUAGUCUGUUUGUGGCAUCCGUGUUGCUGGAGCCGGAGCUGGGUUUGACUCCCAUGCCCUCCCCGGCCCACCACAGCUACGGUGCCAUGUCCAGCUCCCAGAGCUCUAGCCACGGCCCGGUGGAUGAAGAGGUUGGGGAAGAAGACCAAGCCCAGACCCACGAGACUGAGCUCCAAGACCCUCCAGACCCCUACUACUCCAGCCCCCUCAUGGACAGCCCCGUGGGCUACCAGUAACACUGUAUCCCCCAAGCUGAUUCCUGUUUGUCCUAACACAGAGUGCUAAAUGCUGCGAUGCUGCGUUUUUGCCAUUGACCUCAGACUCCAACUCAGCUGCCUCACACCCUCAGACUAGAUUGGGCUUAUAAGGAAGGAUGAAGAACCCAAAGAUGGAAAGGACUCUUGUCCAAACUUGUGAGGGGAAAGCAGGAGCAGGAUUCAUGAAAAAGUUACUCUAAACGUAUAAACACCAGAUUGCCAAAAUCUCCCCAGAAGCUGUCUUAUGAACAUGACCCAAAAAUCAAGUCUCCACGGAAGCUACGUCAACUUAAAUGUACUUUAGUUUAAACCGCUGGAUGCUCCUCGACAGGGACUCCAUCUGCUUUUGUGGCUUGAUUCGCUCGAGGAAAAGGAUUCAAAGGCACCAAUUGUGACCGGGGGUGGAUUUGCCUUUGAGUAGCUAGAGGAGAAACAUUGUCCAUGUGUGCCACUUGGCCAUGAGUUGAGGUGAAAGUUCCCAUUGGAGUGGGUGGUGUGAGCAGGCUUACCCCAGCAGACUGACAGAGUGGUCUGGGCAUGGGAGGCAGAGGGUGAGGGCAACAAGUUGUGAUGCCAUCUGCAGUGAGAGAGCAGACAGACGGAGGGCAGGAUAAAACUCAGAGAUGUAAUAUACGUACACUCUCUAUGGAGGCACAAGAAGCUUGACUGUACCUGACGCUUGUUGUAAUUAUUAACAAUUUGCUAUUUUUGCUACAGUAUUUCCAAAUCGGUAGUUGUAUAUGGUGUCAUUGAUAUUGUGCUUGGGCUUUGGGGUGGGGCCAUUGGAAUUUGUUUGAUGAUUUGUAGGGCUGUCCCAUCUUAAUCAAUCAGAGUAUUCCCUCAUUAUGGUCCUAUUUGACUGUGACUGUGGUCUUUAAACAAUUGGUUGUAUUUAUUUAUGAAUUUAAGUUGAGUUUUAACAGGAAAAAUUACAAGCACAUCCUUGAUUUUUUAACAGCAUUCAAAAAUAUGCCAUGGAGCUUGAUAUGCAUUUGAGUCAAAGUACUGGAAUUGAGCAAACUGUUCAACAUGACUACACCCAAAAUUCCAAAUGUUAUUCCUAUAGCCAUUAUAUUUCAGUUUUUGAGUUGCUGAAAGACUGAGUAAAAUCUAGUUUACUACUAGUAUUGUUCAAAAUAAUUUAUUGAUGUUCAUUUGUGUAGUACUUGUCAAAUCUUGCUGUGAUGGAAUUUGCUUUGUUACUGUCACUUUAAAAAAUAAUGCAAUGAAAGGUCUGCUAACAAAAACAUACACUCCAAUUCAAAUGCUACCCUUCCUGCAUCAUGAUCUCGGUUGCUGAAGCCAUUCUGUGUAAUUUUCCGCUGCAUGUCAACUGUGCUGUAUAAAAGAGAGGUUGUGCCCAUGCAUUUAUCUCCUUAUACUUAAGGUCAAGUUUCCCCAUGUGCUGAUCUCUGUACGUUCACCGGUUUUGUAUUUUGGGGUUAUUUUUGUUUCUUCAGGGUGGGCUGAAGGUUUACUUAAGAGACUGAAUGUAAACUGAUUGUAGUUUGUUAUCAUGCUCUCUUGCUGUGCCUUGAAGAAAAACUCCCUUUUGUGUGACAAUCCAGCAUGGCCUGAAAUAUGCUGCAUGGACUGAAAACUGAAGAGUGGGGAAAUAGAGGAUGAAGACACAAAAACAAACACAUAGGAAAAAUGCAUUUCAACACCCCAGAAAACAUAACUUCUCCAAUUCUAUUUAUUUAUUUAUUUGUUCGUUUAUUUAUUCAUUAUUUACUUAUAAUCAAUUAAUGGGUUGUCUAGCAGUUCAUGUCAUUGUUUUUUUAAAGAAGCUUUUGGAUUGUGCCUUGCUGUGAACCUCACCCGGUGUCUCUCAGUUCUCAGCUGCUGUAUUCUGUGAUCAUACAAAUCAUAUAUGAUGUAUAGCCAAGCUCUCUGUAGAGGAUAAAGUCAUUUUCAAAGUUGUUUAUGCAGUGUCAUUCUGCUGUCUAUGUU